GGCCGGUUGGGGGCGGGGCGGGCGGGGCGGGCGGGGCCUGGGAGCCGAUUAAGCGGCGGGAGCCGGGGCGGCCGCAGCCGCGAUCGCACCAUCCCCCGCGGGGCAGCACCGGCCCCGGCUCCGCCACCGGCUCCAGCGCGCCCGGCCCGGCCCGCUCCAGGAACAAUGGCAGAGACAUUCCUUGUGGAGAGCCCCGAUGUCACGUACAGCAAAGACUUCAUUGAGGCCAAGUACACGUACAGCACCGUGCACGUCUGCAAGGAGAACGGUGUCACCAAGGUGCGGGGGGCAGGGGGCUGCCGGGGGGCGCCCCGGGGGGCUCCCCUCAUCCCCACGUGUCCCCUCUCUGUGUCCCCCAGGUGCGGCCGUGUUUCAACCCGCUUCACCUUCCGGACGGGGCGGCAGGUCCCUCGCCUGGGGGUGAUGCUGGUGGGCUGGGGGGGCAACAAUGGCACCACGGUGACGGGCGCCGUGCUGGCCAACAAGCUGGGGCUCUCCUGGAUGACCAAGACAGGGCGCAAGAAAGCCAACUACUACGGCUCCCUGCUCCAAGCCUCCACCGUCUGCCUGGGCACCAGCCCCACUGGCGACGUCUACGUGCCUUUCCGGGACCUGCUGCCCAUGGUGCACCCCAAUGACAUCAUUUUUGAUGGCUGGGACAUCUCCUCGCUGAACUUGGCGGAGGCCAUGCGGCGAGCAGAGGUGCUGGACUGGCCGCUGCAGGAGCAGCUCUGGCCCCACCUGGAGAAGCUGAAGCCCCGACCCUCCAUCUACAUCCCCGAGUUCAUCGCCGCCAACCAGGAGGAGCGGCGGGACAACGUCCUCCGUGGGUCCAUGGCUGAGCAGGUGGAGCAGAUCCGCCGGGACAUCCGGGACUUCAGGGAGACCAGCGGGGUGGACAAAGUCAUCGUCCUCUGGACGGCCAACACGGAGCGCUUCUGCGAUGGUCCCGGGCUCAAUGACACCGCUGACAACCUGCUGCGGGCCAUCGAGCAAGGCCUGGAGGUGUCCCCAUCCACGCUCUUCGCCGUGGCCAGCAUCCUGGAGGGCUGCGCCUACAUCAACGGCUCCCCCCAGAACACCUUCGUGCCGGGGGUGCUGGAGCUGGCCAGCCAGCGCUGCGUCUUUGUCUGCGGCGAUGACUUCAAGUCGGGUCAGACCAAGCUGAAGUCGGUGUUGGUGGACUUCUUGGUGGGUGCUGGACUGAAGACCAAGUCCAUCGUGAGCUACAACCACCUGGGGAACAACGACGGGAAGAACCUCUCGGCCCCGCAGCAGUUCCGCUCCAAGGAGAUCUCCAAGAGCAACGUGGUGGACGACACCGUCCAGGCCAACCCCAUCCUCUACGGCCCCCAGGACAAGCCUGACCACUGCGUGGUGAUCAAGUACGUGCCCUACGUGGGGGACAGCAAGCGCGCGCUGGACGAGUACACGUCGGAGAUCAUGAUGGGUGGCACCAACACCAUCGUCAUCCACAACACCUGCGAGGACUCGCUGCUGGCCAGCCCCAUCAUCCUGGACCUGGCCAUCCUGACGGAGCUGUGCCAGCGCGUCACCUUCUGCACCGAGGCCGACCCCGAGUUCCAGGGCUUCCACAGCAUCCUCUCCAUCGUCGCCUUCCUCUGCAAGGCCCCGCUGGUGCCCGAGGGCACCCCCGUGGUCAACGCGCUCUUCCGCCAGCGCAGCUGCAUCGAGAACAUCCUGAGGGCCUGCCUGGGGCUGCCCCCCCAGAACCACAUGCUGCUGGAGCACAAGAUGCAGCGGCUGCCCAGCCCGAAGCGCGCCUGCCCCGGGGGGGCCGCCUGCCCCCUCACCCCCAAGAAGACACCGGCCACCACUCAGCUCAACGGGCACCCCUGCGCCGGCACCCCCCCGGCCGGGACCCCCCGGACCCCCCUCCACAUUGACGGAGCCGACUAACAGCGAGAGCGCCUUUUUGUAUUUCGUAUCAGCUUUUUAGGGGGGGUGGGGGGGGUGGAUUUGGGGGGGGGGGGGGAGGGGUUGGGG